AAUAAAGUAAUGAACUGAGAAUAAUGGAGAGUGGCUAGUUCAUCUAUGUGAUCAAUCUCACACUGCCAUGUUGUUGAUGUUACCAAUGCAAUGCAUUGCCUUCUUCAUCUCUCCCAUCGCAAUUGAGAAACCCUAACCCUAAUCCCCAACCAAAAUGAUGCAGAAGAAGGUUCCCGAUUGGCUCAACAGUUCUCUCUGGUCCUCGUCGCCGUCGUCCCCUCCCUCCUCCGCCGUCGCCAGCCCGUUCGAACCGCCACCGCGUCCUCCCUCCCCCGCCGACGUGAGCCCGCCCGAACCGCCGCCGCGUCCUCCGUCGCCUCCGGCUGUCCACGAUCCUCCGCCGACGCAGAUAAUCGAAGAUUCGCCCAGGGAAGAUCUCGGCGGCGACGCCUUUCCUUCCGCCCACGACGUGUCUCGUCAGGCGCAAUUGCUGGCCGAGUUGUCGAGGAAGUUGGUGGAUAUCAGCGAGUUGCGGAGCCUUGCGUGUCAAGGUAUUCCUGAUGCUGCUGGGUUGCGCUCUACUGUGUGGAAGCUUUUGCUUGGAUAUCUUCCGCCAGAUCGAGGGCUUUGGUCAUCUGAGUUAGCAAAGAAGAGGUCUCAGUAUAAACAAUUCAAGGAGGAUAUUCUCAUGAAUCCUUCAGAAAUCACAAGGAGGAUGUACAACUCUACAAAUUGUGAUACUGACGAUGCCAAAUAUGAGAGGGCAUUGCUCUCUAGAUCAGAAAUCACUCAUGGGGAGCAUCCUUUGAGUCUUGGGAAGACCAGCGUGUGGAAUCUGUUCUUCCAGGAUACAGAGAUCAUAGAUCAAAUUGAUCGAGAUGUUAAGCGCACUCAUCCUGAUAUGCACUUUUUCUCUGGCGAUUCCCAAUUUGCAAGGUCUAAUCAGGAGGCCUUAAAGAAUGUAUUAAUUAUUUUUGCAAAGUUAAACCCGGGUGUAAGAUAUGUGCAAGGAAUGAAUGAGAUAUUGGCUCCUCUAUACUACGUGUUCAAAAAUGACCCUGAUGAGGAAAAUGCAGCCUUCGCAGAACCAGACGCAUUCUUUUGUUUUGUUGAGCUAUUGAGUGGGUUCCGAGACAACUUUGUUCAACAACUCGAUAAUAGUGUUGUGGGAAUCCGUUCAACCAUUACAAGAUUGUCCCAGCUUUUGAGAGAACAUGAUGAAGAGCUGUGGCGUCAUCUUGAGGUUACUUCUAAAGUCAAUCCUCAAUUCUAUGCAUUUAGGUGGAUUACUCUCUUACUGACUCAGGAAUUCAAUUUUGCUGACAUCCUUCACAUUUGGGACACACUUUUAAGUGAUCCAGAUGGUCCACAGGAGACUCUUCUCCGGGUAUGCUGUGCAAUGCUUGUUCUCAUUCGUAAGCGCCUCCUUGCGGGUGAUUUCACUUCUAAUCUCAAGUUGCUGCAAAGUUAUCCCACCACAAACAUUAGUCAUUUGCUAUAUGUUGCCAACAAGUUUCGUGUACAGUCAGCCUAAUGGUUCUGGUUCUCGCCCCUGGUCUUUUGCAUUUUGUCCCUGUAUCUCUAAUUUGUGUUUUAAAUUCAAUGCUUGUAAUUGUAAAUGACUCUUUUAAGUGUGAGAGGCUCAGAGCAGUGACUGUUUAUUUUUUGUAAGGUCGGGGGUGGGGAGGAUGUUUUCCAAAAUGUGAGCUCGGUGAAACGCUUACAGUAGCAGGAACUGUUUAUUUAUUUAUUUAUAUUUAAUAUGCUAGUAUUUUUUUUUAA